AUGGUGUCUCUCCAGACUGUCCGCGCACACAAUGCGACACUGAAGGAGUUGGGACCGGGGCUGGUUGUCGGCGGCACCAGCGGCAUCGGCUCCUCCACCGCCCGCGAAUUCGUCCGCCACACCCUCGCGCCUCGCGUGUACCUAGUCGGACGCAACGAGACGCAGGCCUCGCGCAUCAUAUCCGAGCUGCGCGCGCUGAACCCGGAGGGGCAGAUCUCUUUCGUCAAGAGCGACGUCUCGCUGCUGCGGAACGUGGAUGCUGUCUGUGACGAGAUCAAAGCAAAGGAGGAGAAGGUCAACCUGCUGGUUUUGAGUCAGGGGGUUUUGACGACGAAGGGGAGGGAUGAAACACCAGAAGGCCUCGACAAGAAGCUCAGCUUGCACUACUACUCGCGCAUGCGUUUCGUGCACAACCUCCUCCCGCAACUGACUGCCGCAGCAACAGCAACAGCAACAGCAGCAGGAGCUUCUUCUUCCACUGGCAACGGCAGCCGCCUCUCCCGCGUCAUCACCGUCCUGAGCACCGGCAGCGAAGGCCGUCUGAAACUCGACGACCUCUCGCUCAAGACGCACUACAGCCUUGCCCGCGCGUCGACGCACGCCAUCACCAUGUCCUCGCUAGCAAUCAGCGAGCUGGCAGCCGCCCACCCCGAAACGACAUUCAUCCACUCCUUCCCCGGCGCCGUGAACACGAACCUGAUGCGCGACUUUAAUCCCUUCGCCCGGGGCCUCGUCAGUGGACUUAUGUUCCUGCUGAAGCCGUUGACGGUGCCCCUGGCCGAGAGCGGCGAAAGACAUCUCUAUGCUGCUACUAGCGGGGUGUAUCCCCCGCGAGCACAGCAGCAGCAAGGCGCUGGCGCUGGAAAAGACACUGCUGUUGCUACUGGCGCCGACGGCCUCCCCGGCAGCGGGGCAUACCUCCUCCACUGGGACGGCUCGACGCCGAAUAAAAAGGCCAAACUCCUCCGCGAGUACCAGUCCAGUGGUGUGGGGAAGCAGGUGUGGGCGCAUACGCUGGAGGUGUUUGAGAAGAUCUGUAGUCGGGGGAGAUAUGACUAA